AUGGCGAAAUUAUCACCUCCAGAAAAUUACGAUUUUAUGAACCCGAGCAAAUGGAAUGAGUGGAAACAAAGAUUUUCAUUCUAUCGAACUGCAUCAAAACUGCAUAAGGAUGAUGGAGAGAUCCAGGUGGCUACAUUAAUUUAUACAAUGGGUCAAAAUGCAGACAAUUUGUUGAAAUCCUUCAAUCUAUCAGCUGAUGAUAGCAAGAAAUUUGAACAAGUUCUGGACGAAUUUGAUAAACAUUUCAAUCCAAAGAAAAAUGUUAUACAUGAACGUGCGAAAUUUCAUUCAAGACGACAAAAUCAAGGAGAUACCGCUGAGUCAUUCAUACGAUCACUUUACGAAUUGUUUGAAAAUUGUGCGUUUCCAGGAGACACCAAAAAUGAGCAAAUAAGGGACAAAAUUGUGAUUGGAAUAUUAGAUACAAAUUUAUCUGAGAAAAUGCAAUUAGAAUCAGAACUCACACUUGAAAAGGCAGUUCAAAUGGCUAGACAAAGUGAAAUCGUAAAAGGACAGGUCAAAGCUCAGCACGAUAAAGAACGAGGGUCAGCGGACGAGGUCAGCCACGGAGCCAGACCAAAACAGCCUUUGGGAGAAUAUCGGGCGCCGAAGCAAAAUCCAGCAAAAAAGAAACAACAUAGGACACCAAUGCCUAAAGGACAAAAACAAUGUACUAGGUGUAACCGGAUGCAUAUUCAGGGAAAAUGUCCCGCAAAAGGGAAAAACUGUCGCAAAUGUGGAAAGAUGGAUCAUUUCUCUGUGUGCUGCAGAACUAAAACACUAAAUGAACUUGCAGAAGAAAGUGAUUAUCUGGGAACAAUAGAAACAGGAGAUGGUCAAUGGAGAGCCAAACUAAAGGUGAGACAUUUGUUAGUCUGUUUUAAGAUAGACACUGGGGCUGAUGUAACGGUGAUACCUGAAACUGUAUACUUGUCUCUAGGGAGUCCAAAAUUAAAGAAAACAAACAAAAACCUGUUUGGCCCUGGAAAUAAGAAAUUGAAUGUCUUAGGUUCUUUUACCGAAACGUUAUCAAGUCAAAACAAGUACUCAGUAGAAGAAAUAUAUGUCGUGCGUGGCAUUGAUCGUAGUCUAUUGGGUAGACCUGCAAUUAUCGGUUUAAAUUUGGUCAAGCUUAAUAUUGAUGAAGUUACUUCGGUAGAUUCUAUUAAGCGCACCCAUCCUAGAUUGUUUAGGGAGCUAGGACAGUUAGAUGGAGAAUACCGUAUUUCCCUUAAUGAAGGAGUGAAACCGUUUGCUCUAGCGGUACCGCGGCGCGUACCUAUUCCAUUGCUUCCAAAAGUAAAAGCUGAACUUGAAAGAAUGGAAAAGUCGGGUGUCAUUUUCAAGGUUGAUCAAAGCACUGACUGGUGUGCAGGCAUAGUCUGUGUACAAAAAGCGAUUCUAAGGUUCGUAUAUGCGUAG